UCGUCCUCCGCCGCCGCGGCCCCGUCCGUGGCGCAGCGCUCUGCGACGCAGCCGAUACCACAGGCCCUGCUUCCCACUCGGACACACUCGCGCGGAGAUUCUGGCCUGCCGCUCUCCGUCCCCGGCUCCAUGGCGUCCUCGAGCCCGCAGAUGUCGAAGCCCAAUCCUUCUCCGUCAAAGCCGUCCUCCGCGCGCACUUAUGAUUCGAAACUCGUCUCGCGUGAGAUGCACCGCCUGGGCACCCUCGCCCACCUGCCCUCCACCACCGUCUCCCUCUCCGCCGCCUCCGCCUCCUCUCUUGCCCUCGCCAUGCCCGCCUCGACCGCACCUAGUCUCGCGCAGACACUCUCCAAUGAUAACCCAUGGACGUCCCUCCACGUGCUCGUCCUCCCGCUCUUCAACGGCGAACCGCUCCGCGUUCCGAUCGAGGAUCUGAACCAACUCGCAAGGCGACAUAUAUCGACAGUCGUCUCCGCAGCUCCGAGCAAAGCCUUCGCUGGUCUUGAGAACGACACGUUCGAACUCAUCGCCAAUGGCAUGGUCACGCUCAACUCGAAGCUCUCCGGUGUGGAUGAGGAGAAGCUUGUGCUUAGAAUCGGAGAUCUCUGGACCUUCUUUUGGACCCAGGUGCUGCCCUAUCUCGAAGGGGCCCUUCUCCCACUACAAACCGACCCCGUCCUCUUUUCGCUCUACCGAGGGCCCAAAUCGCACCGUCCGUCUUCCCCAACCACCACUCAGAACGGGAAAGGCUCGAAGACGCUCUUACAGGCCACCGGACCCCAGAUCGACGUCCGCGCGCUCGCGCUUGUCUCCUUCCGUGACCGCAUCAUCCUGCCCCUCUUCCCCCGCCUGUACGCGCGGCUGACCAUGUUCAAGGAUGAGCACAUAAACGAGCACGAGGUGCAGACAGGACGGCUCCGUCAGAUGCUCCUCGUCCUGGUUUCCCAACGCUCCCAACGCUUCACUCUCCUCUCUCUCACCGCCAACCCGCCCCAGCUCAGCCAAGGCGAAGCCGCAGUCGCGCGUCUGCUGCGCGCGAUGCACGCGCCCAUCGGCUCGCUCGCACCCCGCACCGCGCGCGCGACCGCCGCCGGUGCGCCGUCCUUCCUAUCCGCAGGCGCCCCGCGCGACCGUCGUGGACGCAUCGCGCAGAAGACAGACGCGGCGAUGGGUGCGCGCCCGCGCUCGCAGUGGCGGAUGGGUGGUGGGCUCGGGAUGGGCGCACGCGCGGUUAGGCGCGCGGGUGGGCGGGAGAGCGCAGACUGGGACGACGGCGAGAUGGACACGCCGCGUGGGACGGUCGCGUUUGCGGACCUGGGGCGCGAGCGGGACAAGGAGCUGCUGGAGAGCCUGAGGAGCCCGGAUUUGGAAGCCACGCAACGGAUGAGCAUGGGCGGCUGGGGCCUCGGCGCAGGCCGUGAAGACGACUCGCACGCGGAUGACGAAGAGAACGAC